CACACACACACACAGAGAGCACCUGAGAUCACUAGAGUUGUAAAUCCAAGGGCAGAGAGUCAGAGAAGCCGAAAAGCCUCUUGUGCCUGAGCGCUUCUAAGCGAAAGGGAUUGUGACUAUGACCUAAACCCUGGGAUGCAGCGAUAAUGAGCUAUAGCUGGAAGAAGAUGCAUUCUUCUCAAAGAAACAUGGGAAAGUCGCUCAACCACAAAGGACCAAAGCUCACAUAGUAAUGAACUUACAUUUUAUUUAGUAGCGACUGGGCUGGGAAAUAACAUCAAGUGCCAAAGGCAUCUGCACUCAGGACUUUUCCUUCCUUCUUUUCGUCCACCCUUCCUUCACCAAAGAAGACCAAAAGGCGCAGCCCAAGCAUCUCUAAAAUCUUUGCCAGAGAAUGGGGAAUGCCAUAUUUUUGCUUGGGAUGAUUUCAUCCCUGAUGGGCCACUUCAGCAGGAUGUACAAAAAGUGACACGGGUGACGAAAAUCUAGACAGGACUGCCUUGACCCACUGACUUUGCACAUGAACGAUACGGAGUGGAUGGAAGUGAAGGAGCUUGCCUGUGUCCUCGGAAGACGAAAUGAGAAGAAAGGAUCUCGAAAGUUAGGUCUGCUGGAUUUUACUGAAAAAUUCGGUCUUACCAGUCCAUGUGCCUGCCUCCCUUUCAUGCUAUUGGAAGAUUAUACCUGAUGCAGUCCAGCUUACCUGCUUUGGUUGUGUCUUUUUUUCUGGCUUUGCUAUGCAAUUCAAACCCUAAAUUAAACAGAGAGAAGAAUGUUCUUUCCUGGACUAGACUAGAGAAUCAAAAGUCCCAAAGGACUAUGAAUCUAAAAUAAUGUGGAAUGGUUUGAGGAGUUGAUCCCUGAGGCUCCCUGUAAAAGAGAGAACCAAAUGUUUUAAUUUUCUUAGUAGAAAAAUACAAAAGCUGGAAGGGUAUUAAAAUGUCCCACCAAUUAGUGGGAUGGAAAAUUAAAUCAGAAACAGAAGCACCUAAUGUGUUACGCUUCAGUAGAGCUGAAGGGCUAGUUAAAUGGACACUGGAUAAACUGAAUCAAUAGCUUAUUUAAGUGAGCAUACAUCUAAGCUGGAAAGCAAUUGUACCCGCCCGCCCCCAUCCCGGGCUGCUGAGGGACUUUGAGGAUUUGACUCUGUCCCGUCCCUGAAAGCAUAAUCUAUUUUACGCUGAAAUUCAGAAAGGAGUGCUGGAGACAACUACAGCAACAUGACUGCGGCAGCCAGUUUCAGAUCCUUGCCCGAUGUUUCUUAAUGAGAUUCCUAAGGAGGAUGGGAGCCCUCCUAAGAAUGAAGAGACUUUAGUACUACUAGCCUUAGGGUGUUCUGCCUUGCUGCUGCUGAGUAAUUAACGGACACCUGAUGUCUCUUUUGUAAGCUCUGAAAGGACAUGAGCUGAUGUCACCACCACAAGCCCCUUGAUAUGAGACUGCCUCAGGAGGAAAGAUGAUUUGGAACAACACCACUAUGGACGGGAAAGGGUUGUAUGUGAAAAAGGAUUCCUGCUUUCGAAUCCUCACCGGCUGCUUCCUCUCCUUGCUGAUUCUUUCCACUCUCUUGGGCAACACACUGGUCUGUGCUGCCGUCAUCAGGUUUCGCCACCUGAGGUCUAAGGUGACCAACUUCUUUGUGAUUUCUCUGGCGGUCUCAGACCUUUUAGUGGCGGUCUUGGUCAUGCCCUGGAAAGCUGUUUCUGAGAUAGCUGGAUUCUGGCCGUUUGGAUCAUUCUGUAAUAUCUGGGUAGCUUUUGACAUCAUGUGUUCCACAGCCUCCAUCUUACAUCUGUGUGUCAUUAGUGUGGACAGAUACUGGGCCAUCUCUAGCCCAUUCAGGUACGAGAGGAAAAUGACCCCCAAGGCAGCCUUCAUCAUGAUCAGUGUGGCAUGGACCUUAUCUGUGUUGAUUUCCUUCAUCCCUGUACAACUCAACUGGCACAAGGCUAAAACCACCAGCUUUUUAGACCUCAAUGCCAGCUUCCAGGGUGUAGCCAUGGAUAACUGUGAUUCCAGCUUAAACAGGAUGUAUGCCAUCUCUUCCUCUCUCAUUAGCUUUUAUAUCCCAGUGGCCAUUAUGAUAGUCACCUAUACAAGAAUAUACAGGAUUGCUCAAAAACAGAUCCGACGCAUUUCAGCCUUGGAACGGGCAGCAGUGCAUGCGAAGAACUGCCAAACUCCUGCUGGUAACAGAAACAGCCUGGAUUGUCAACAACCUGAAAGUUCAUUCAAAAUGUCCUUCAAGAGAGAAACCAAAGUCUUAAAGACUUUGUCUGUGAUCAUGGGGGUGUUUGUGUGCUGCUGGUUACCCUUCUUCAUACUGAACUGCAUGGUGCCCUUCUGUGAGCCUGCCAUCCCAUCUGGGGGAGGAGAACCAUUUUGUAUUAGUUCUACCACCUUUGAUGUUUUUAUAUGGUUUGGAUGGGCCAAUUCUUCGCUCAACCCCAUCAUUUACGCCUUCAAUGCAGAUUUCCGCAAGGCAUUCUCCACCCUCUUGGGAUGCUACCGACUCUGUCCUGCUUCCAUGAAUGCCAUAGAGACAGUGAGUAUCAAUAACAAUGGGGGCGUAGCCUUUUCCAGUCAGCUGGAGCCCAGAGGGUCUAGCCCUAAAGAGUGCAAUCUGGUCUAUCUCAUCCCACAUUCCGUUAUAUGCCCUGAAGAGGAUGACAUGAUGAAAAAAGAAGAUGAAGGAGGACUGGCUAAAACCCUGGAGAAAACAUCUCCUGCCCUAUCAGGUAUCUUGGAUUUUGAGGCUGAUGUCUCUUUGGAAAAGAUCAAUCCUAUCACACAAAAUGGUCAACAUAAAACCUGAGGUGUAAAGUUAGCCCAUUGGAAUGUAAUCCCACAAGAAAGAUUUUCAAGGUGUUUGGUGAGGGGGGAGGGGGGGAAACAAGAAAGUGUGCCCUUUCGCAAUUCAAAGCCAUCCCAUAAAAACCAAGCUCAGUGAACGGUUGCUGGACAGAAAAGCAUAAAAUUGAAAACAAAAAAUUCCAGCCAAACAGAAUUUUGUGUUUUGAAGUUGGUCUCUGUUGUUCAUCCAGAACAGAAAUGAAUGGAAGAUGUAGAUACUGUGGAAAUUGCAAAGACAAAGCUGAAAAUCAGACUUGAUAAAUGUUUGCAGAGGUGGGGUGGGCCAAGGAAACCUUACUAUAUGAAUAAAAUGUAUUAACCUAAAUAUGAAGUUCCUGUUUGACUUGCAUAGUUGUUCAUGAUUGUUUAUAGGUUGCGAGUAAAGUUUGGUGAGUUGCUAAGGUUAGGUGGAUGCCUUUAUAAAUGAUUUCUGAACAUCAACAGAGCCUUAUAACAAGAAUGGAAUAUUUUCCAUAGCAGGAAGAUAACGUGUUGAUAUUGGCUUUAUUUAUUUAUUAUUUAAAUAGCUAUUUUUAAAAUACGUUUCAACAAAUUUAGCUUUAUUUAACUUAUUUUAAUGUAUGUUUUAAAUAAUUUUCUGAGGUCUCAUUCACUGCAUUUUUGACUCGUUUACUAGUCAGCACUUUAUUUUUUUAAAAAAGAAGAUGACCCUUUCCCAAUUCAGCUUUGCUUGGAUAACCACCAAGUGUGUAGUUGUUCAAAGCAUAGCAAAAAUAAAUAGUAAACAAGUACAUAUAAAAUGGUGAAUCAACAAUGCUGCAUGACAAACGGGAGGUGUUUUAUGGAUUCUCUCCUUUCCCCAACAGAGGAACAGAGCUGACUGAAUGAUGAGUUAUAAAGGUUGUACCCAUAUAGGAAUGAAACAAAUUGCUGUGACUGAUUCUGAAGUUUCCUGUUAUGUUGACUUUGCUUGAAUGUCAGCAUGUGAAACUGUACAUAGUAUACCUAAUUCAUGAAUACAUUUUUGAAGAAAAAUUGAUCUAAGAUGUCAACCAUUCUCAGUUAACUGACAGUUAAUUGCCAUUUUCUGAGGUAAACCUGCUCUUCUUAAACAUUUCUUACUUCAGAAUUUGGCCACUGUUUUCUGCUGGAGUAGGGGCUUCCACCCCUGUACCUUCUAAGAAAUGUAGUCUAGAUCUAUUGACAGAUAUUAUCCUUGGUAGUUAAAUAGCGCCUCCGUUUUCGGAGGCAGUAUACCUCCAAGUACUAGGUACUGGAGAUCAGCCAUGGAGAAGGGCUCAUGUCCUUUUGCCCUGAUUGUGGCAUCUGUUUGCCAGGACAGGAAAGAGGAUGCUGUACUGUGGAUUCCCAACUGGAACCAGCAGGGUUCCUGAGUUCUUGCAAAAUGAGUAAACUGCAAAAAUAAAUAUUGGUGUAUGAACUGUCUGAAAUCCUAUUGUGCAAUUUGGUUUUCUUUUUCUUUUUCUUAUUCAUUUGUUUGUUUGCUGCCCACCGCAUGGAAAAUAGUGCCUAAUUCUUACACUGGAUUCUCAAGCAGUAAAUGGAGCAGCAAAACCUUUAGAAACUUAAUGUUUUGAACUACAUAAUCCAGAAUUCCACAGCCACUCCAAAAAGUAACUUUUCCAAGCUCUAUCCCAUAAGCUCCCCAAGUUAAGAUUUAUUUUUUUACUACCUUAAAUUCCGAAUUCCUACUACAUUCCCAUAGUAAUGUAAAAUAAAAACACAAAAGUUGCUAUUAUCAACAGUCACCAGCAUUAAUUUACAAAUACAUUCCAGGAUAAUUAUUUUGGAUUUUUGAAAAGGGGACAUUAGUUUUUAAAAAAUUGUUUUUUGAAAGAAAUGAAACAUUUAUCAAGGGAUGUUUUUGGCAAGGGAGGCUUGGUUGAGAUAAAUUAGAAGCCUAAUGCAAAUAUACAUCCUGAAUCAGGUCUGUGUUAUGUAUUGUGAAUGUUUUCAUAAUUCUAUUGCCUGUAAGCUGCUUUCAUACAUAUAAUAAAAA